CCUUUUUAUUGCUGUUUGUUUGUCUGUUUGAUUUUAAAGGCCUGAUUGCCGAAGCAUUUAGCCAACAGGAAAAUAUGAAUGAUUCUAGGCAGCAGUCACUGUUCUUCAUCACACUUCCAGAUUUACAGAAACUCUGUGCCGUCAAGAUAAUAUUGCAUAAUGGGGUGGCAGAUACCGAGAUUAGAAGUACACAAAUUAAGAUGUGCAGGCAGUUGCUGUUUUUGCACCAAGAUAUUCUUGUAUCACCUGUGCCUGGAAUAUUUAGCCAAAUUUGGGUGGUGAUGGCGAUACCAUUUUAUAAAGCUGGAAAACUUAAUGCCUAUAUUGAAAAAUAUGGAGCUAAGGUAGAGGCACCACGAAGAGUAAUUCCUGUAAUUCUUCAAAACUGCCUUUCAUAUUCACUCACGGCCAGACUUGCUCCAGCCUGGAAUAAAACUGGCCAUCUCUUGGUGCAAGGAAGAGAAUUUCUUUCUCAGAUGGGAAAGCAAAAUGCUGUUGCAUUAGACAUCAAUGUAACCGAAACUCAAGUUUGUCUAAGUAUAGAAGCUUAUACAAUCAGACUGCCACCACCUGAGCUAAAAGAAUUUGAUAUUUCUCAAAGCAUUAUUAAGGACUUUGAUACUCACAAGAAUGGUGUCAUUGAGGGCCAUUCAAUUUUAAGCAACUGGUGCUACGUUUUGCCAAGUAUGAAAAUGGGGAAGAUAUUAAGUAUUCUUCAUACCACACCUCCUGACUGUCCUUUUCACUCAUAUAAAGAUUUCCAGAUGCACUGGGACGACCUGUAUGGCUACAAACUUCCAGAAGAUGGUGGAAAUAUUAAAAUAUACUGCAACAUCUACUUCAAAAUGAUAGGAGAAAGGAUCUUUACAUAUCCUCUCAGUUGCAUCAGAAGUCAGCCCAUACAGUUCUUUCCAAGGGUAGAUUUGGAAGAUGUGUUGAAAAGUUUUCUUUCAGAUUUAAAAUCUAAACUGCCCCAUAUAUGUGGGUUUCCCAUAAAGAUGACAACAAAACCGUGCUACUCUACACAAGAACUAACUAAACCGAGUAUACAGGAAAACAAAGUCAAGCCACCCAAUCUGACCUCUAAACAAAUGUUCAGGACCUCUCUGACUCAGGCCCCUUCCAUAGGACCCUCCCUGGCUCAACAUCCUUUAUCGAGAUCAGUGUCCAUAGACCACAAGGUGGAGCCUUGGGCCAGCCAGCAGAAUACCUGUGUGUUCUCAGCUCUGAACCUCAAGCCAGAAUCUGCUCAGAGCAGAAAGACGUCCCUCUCUGACAAGGCACCACAAGUACAUUUGGAAGUACCAAAGUCCACCAGAGGAAAUACUCUAGUUCAAGACACUAAUUUUAGCUCCCAAAGUAACAAGGCCCCUAAAUUCAUACCAAUUUUCAAAACUCGAUCAUUACAGAUGAAUAAAAAUGUCUUAGAGCCUGAAAACCUGAAAAGAAAACAACUUGUUACAGAAUCCAAGUUGUUUUCAUUUAAGACCAAUGUGGUCCAGGAUGACAAACUGAAUUUAGAUCCAGCUAUAGAAAAAAGAUAUAAUUGUAACGUUCAGAUGGAAGUUAGAAAUUUAAACCAGAAGACUUUUAGACCUCUGCAAGAAAAAGAAAGUAUGACAAAAUAUCUCCCUUCUAACAAAAAAUCGUCAGCUGUGAGUAUGAAUAGAAAUAAGCAAUUAUCUAAUAGUUCAGGAUUGCAGAUGUCAAAUAAGAGUUUAGGUAUGCUAAAAAGUGCCAUUGACUGCCAAGUGAAUGGAAAAGAAAUUUUAACAAGCAAACACAUAGCACAAAUUUUAGAAAAGGGACAUGAGUCACUAAAAGUGAAAAGACCACACAUUUUUGAAUCAGACACAGAAAUGGAAGGUUCCCAACUACUUCAACAAUCAGUCAGUAAAACUAAAGAAGUUGAUAUCAGUGACCACAGACAUAUAGCAGGCAGGACAGCCCACAGGCCUAACAGAAAACUAUGUCAGGAAUCUUCAAAACCUACAAAGCAGCCUCAUUCCAGUAAUGUCCACUACGGACAAUCCAGUUCUUCUAUGAACCAGAUACAUGACUUGGACAAAUCAAAACCUAAGAAAUCUCUCACCAGCCCUCAAGCUUAUAACAGAUGUGAAAGCAGGAAAUAUCCAUAAGAGAUAAACACUCUGAACAGUAGAUGGACACUCAGGCACUCCUGUGCAUGUGGAAUUGGGCUCCGUACACAGCUGUGGACCUCCUUUUUCACUCGACAGUUUCACUUUUCAUGGUUGCAUACAAGGUUCAUUGUAUGUGGAUACAUAUACCAGUCCCUGCUGAUUGACACUUCAGUUCUUCCAGACUUUUCACUAUAACAGUGUCAUGUGAAUGAAUAGUCUUGUUCAGAUGUUAGCAAAAUAACCAUUUAUAUGAUUAGUUUUGUUAAUUGAAAAUAUUUUUAUUUUGUCCUUACUACUUUUAUUAUUGAAAUUUUCAAAUAACACAAAGUACAGAUAAUAGUAUGAAGAACCUCUAAGUACCCAUCAUCCAGCUUCAACCAUUAUUAAUAUUUUGUCACUGUUUCCUCUGCUUCUCACAUAUAUUUCUUUACUAUUGUAAAUUACAUUAAAGAUAGUAAAUAAGGGGUAGCAUUUUUUUUUAAAGAAUGUAUAUAUAUUCAUUCUUUUGGAAUGUCUGCCAUAUCUUUAUUGCCUCACUAAGUUUCACUUUAGUUUAACAAAACUAAUAGGAAGCCUUCAAUAAACAUUUCACAGAAGAACUAGAACCUUCUGGGACAUAGCAAACUAUUGGAGUAGAGGUGUCUUUGUUCAGACAUGUCCAUAGCUUGUGCUCUGUGCCGGCCAGGAAGCAAAAGCAGGGUUGCUGAAAUGACAGCACCGCCAUAGGUUGCUGUCUGCUCUCAAGCAAAUCCCUCUAGGUUCCUGGUAAAGACGUGAGAGCACCUGUGAUUUGAAGCAAACAUUAAGAAUGAACUUUCAGUCGUAUCACAAAUAAAUUUAACAUAUAAGAUGAGAGAAACAGAAAUAGAGCUGCUCACUAGGAUUAUUCUGUCUUUCAAAUAUUUUAGAUGUUUAAUUUACAAAAUGUGAUAUAAUUGUUGUGGUAAAAUACUUUAAAAAUAUCUCAAUAUUCCACUGAAGUUAUCCUUCAUUAAAUUUUUAAAAAAUAUCAAAGAGUCAGCAUAAGUAGAGUUUUUAUUUUUUAAGUAUGAUUUACUGUUUUUGCUAUUUCACUAAGCCAUUGCAAUUAAAUGCAAACAUGAACAUGAACUCUACUUCAAAGCUAUAAUAUCAUUCUUCCUCUUGAAAUUGUGCUUAGCUAACUAAGGUACUAGAUACCUUUACUGUAAACAUUUGUUUUCCAGAUUUAUCUCUAUUUUACAGUAUUUUACCAUUUUCAUAGAGAAACACAUCUAGUAUGAAGCCCAUUCUGAGUGUGCCUUUCUCAUCCUGAAACUUGUAUGAUAGAUCAUUAGUAGAGACUGCAGUAAAGAUCAGGCUGCCAUCUUGUUUCUGGGGCUGUGGUGAGAACAUGUUUUACAAAAGUGCAAUUGAUAAGAACAUAUACCGGGUCGCUCAGUUGUCGGCAGCAUGCACUCAUUCUCAAAACCGGUCUUCCCCUGCUCCUUGUGUCUUAGGUGCCCUCCUGGGACUGUCCAGCCAUCAGACUGUAGGUAACAAAGACUUAUAUUGUUAGUGCACUAAGCAGAAUAAUUAAAAGAUAAACCUACUGCUGAAAUAGUGUGUAGUAUCUUCCAAUUCAGAAUUUAUAGUGUAGUAUUUCAUUUAGAGAAAUGUUAACCUACAUGACAAAGCCUGUGUUAGUAUCUGUCUGUUUUCUGUCUAUAUAUAUUGAUUGAUUUCAGAGAGAGGAAGGGAAAGGGAAAAAGAAAGAGAAACAUUGAUGAGAGAGAAACAUCAAUUGGUCCCUCCUGCACGACCCUACCAGAGAUUAUGCCCUGACCAGGAAUUGAAUAGUGACCUCUUCGUGCAUGGGUCAACGCUCAACCACUGAGCCGGGCAAAAUAGGUUUAUUUUUUUCUUACAGUAUUCAUGCUAAUGAAAGUUUACUCUCCCCCCAAAAAUGUAUACACACUUUACAGCUGAUAAUUCAAUUGAUGUUUCUUUUCAGAUUUAACCUAUUGGACUUAAUAAUUAUUCAAAGUUUGUAUACAUUUUUGGGGAUACCCAGUAUAUGUAUGAUUUACUGUAUAGAUACAUGGACAGAUUAGUUAAUUGCUUAUUUACUAUCCAUGUUCAGAUUAUUUAUUCUCCCAUGUUCUAGACCAAUUUGCUCUGCUAGGAUUCACUAGAGAAAUCAAGGAAAAUUUUGGUUCAUUUUAAAGAUUAUAAUUUUGAAAGACAGAAUAAUUCCAAAUCUAACUUAAGGAAAACUAAUUGCACUUCUUCAAAUUUUUGGUGAUUCAUAUGCAUGUGGACAUCCCCUUACCCUGCUGCCAAGUCAUUAUUCACAUUCCAAUUGUAUGUUAGUUUUAUAAAUAUUAUAAUUUUAAAACCAUACAUAAGUUAUUUUUAUUUGUCAAGAAUCUUAGAUCAGCCAUUGCAUUUAAACUAUGGCAGUCUGCCAAAAUUAAUGCUAAGAAUUCAUCUUUAUAAAAAUGUAAAAAUACUGUAUGUGUACUAUUCAUAUUUUAAAUUUUAUAGUGUUGCUUACUACAUUUGUAUUUGUUUUUUUAAUAUUUAUUAUCUGUAAUAAUUAUACAUUAUUAUAGUUUUUAUUUAUUGCUUUCUAUAACAAAUAAAUAAAAAAUAUGGUUUUGUCAAUGAAUAGCUUUUAUUUGACUAACCAGUUCACUAACCAGGUCUUGCUCUUUUUCAAAUUGCUCAUCAUCUGGUGUUAUCCUGGAACUGUAUUGGGUAUUUAUUGAUACUUAAGAAUAGGCAGUAUUUAUAAAUGUUUAAUGAUGUCAUGGUCAUUAUAUAUUGAUGCUUAAAUUGUUUGUGUUGCAUCCUACAUACUGUCUUAUUUUAAAUAUAAAAU